CGUGGCUCCGCAGGUGAAAGGUCAAGGUGUUGGCGGCAGUGUCUCCGGAUCCCGGACCAGCUGAAAGAAAGUAUUGGGUGGUCGAAUACAACUUGCUGAGGCGUAAAACAAAAAAACUAUGCACCUUCAGUUAAUUUCAUAUCUUGUGGUCUGUGGACUGACUCUUGUGUUUGCUGAAGACAUUGAGGUUUCAGAAUUUCAAGCGGAAGAAUCUCCUCAUUCAAACCAGAUUGCUUAUAGGCCACCAAAGCCUGCCGGUGAUGUUUACUUUGUGGCCUCCUUUGACGCAGAUGGUCUUGAAGGGUGGGUGAGGUCUGAAGCAAAAAAGGAUGACACUAAUGAGAGCAGAUAUAAUGGAAUGUGGGCUGUAGAAGAAUCUUUUGAUCAGAAAAUGCCAGGAAACCAAGGACUAGUGUUGAAGUCCCCGGCCAAACAUCACGCCAUUGCUGCCUACUUCCAGAGACCCUUCCAUUUCAAAGACCUGCCCCUCAUUGUGCAGUAUGAAGUACAUUUCCAGAAUGAAAUCCAGUGUGGGGGUGCAUACCUAAAGCUCCUCUCUGAAGAUGAUCAACUCGACCUUAGGCAGUUCUUUGACAAAACUCCUUACACAAUCAUGUUUGGACCAGACAAGUGUGGACAGGACUAUAAAUUGCACUUCAUCUUCAGACAUAGGGAUCCAGUGACUGGUGCAUAUGAAGAAAAGCAUGCCAGGAAACCAGAAGUGGACCUUCAGAGUUACUUUAUCGACAAAAGACCUCACCUGUAUACAUUGAUUGUGAGACCUGACAACAGUUUUGAGAUACUAAUAGAUGAGAACAGUGUGAGCAAAGGAAGCCUCCUACAAGACAUGACUCCCCCUGUCAAUCCUCCCAAAGAGAUUGAUGAUCCCAACCAUCAAAAACCUGAAGACUGGGAUGACAGACGUCGGAUACCUAACCCAGAUUCAGUGAAGCCCCAUGACUGGGAUGAGGAUGCUCCUCCUUAUAUUCCAGAUUCCACAGUUAUGAAACCGGAUGACUGGCUAGAUGAAGAACCAGAGUAUAUUCCAGAUCCCAAAUCCAAAAAACCUCCAGAUUGGGAUAUUGAUAUGGAUGGUGAAUGGGAAGAACCCAAAAUCCCAAACCCAAAGUGUAAGGCUGCAGGCUGUGGAACCUGGAAACCUCCCAUGAUCCCUAACCCUGCCUACAAAGGCAAAUGGAAAGCACCAAUGAUUGACAAUCCCAAAUACAAGGGAGUCUGGAAACCUAGAAAGAUUCUGAAUCCAAACUAUUUUGAGGAUACAAAGCCAUUCCGCAUGACUCCUGUUGCUGCAAUUGGGCUUGAGCUAUGGUCUCUGACCCCUGACAUAAAGUUUAACAAUUUUAUUAUAUCCUCUGAUGAGAAAGUUGUCAAGCAGUGGGCGAAAGACACAUGGACACGAACAAAGGCAAUCUACGAUGCAGAUGGACCUGGUUUGAUCAUGCAGCUGUUUUUGGCAGCAGACAAACGCCCUUGGCUCUGGGGAGUCUACGUAUUCACAGUUGCUCUGCCAGUUAUUUUAUUCAUAAGUUUCUAUUGGCCAAAUCAGCGAUUUGGGCCCCCUGAUGAUUAUUAUUACAAGAAGACAGAUGAUGUGCAGCUCAAUGAUGAAGAAAAAAUAACAGAAGCACAGUCUCCAGAGUCAGCUCUUCAUGAUCAACGAGGAACUGUAGAUAAAAGCAAAGAGAGGAUGAAAGGAAGUAACCUGCUUAAAACAAAAGUAGACUUGGAGACAACUUUACAGGCUCAAGGAGGUGGUGAACCAGAUCCAGGUCAGGUUUCAGAGGAGGCUCUGAGACAUCGCAAGACAAUGUCAAAAUAAUGACCACCAGGUUUCAUGCUGUUUGAAAAAAAUGAACUUUCACAUAAGGCAGUCACUUGUUUAACAAAAGCCUUUGGGACAUAACUGUUAGUGAUGCAUAUUGUGCAGCAGACAUUGGAGGAAGAACCUCUUUUCAAAUGUGUAACAUUAUAAUAAAUGUUUUAAUAUUUGUAAGUUUA